AUGCCCACCGCGCAGAACGCCCCCAGUGAAGCCGCCGCCGCCGCGAGGGCGAUCCUCGCCGCUCGCAAACCACCGCCGCCCGCCGACGACGGCGAUUCCGACGAGGAGGGCGCCGCCGCCCCUCAGGCGCCGCAGCGUUCCUCCUGCCGCCACUCCGUGGCUGUGCCCCCCGAUUGGCAGGGCGACAGAGCCGCGCUCGACGCGCCCUCUUACGACGGAGAGCGCGCCAAGACGUAUCCGUUCGUCCUCGACGCCUUCCAGGAGACGUCCGUGUCGGUGCUGGAGCGCAACGAAUCGGUGCUCGUCGCGGCGCACACCUCCGCGGGAAAGACCGUCGUCGCGGAGUACGCCAUCGCCAUGGCGUUCAGGGACAAUCAGAGGGUGGUGUACACCUCGCCGCUCAAGGCGCUGAGCAACCAGAAGUUCAGGGAGCUCACCGAGGAGUUUGGGGACGUCGGGUUGAUGACGGGCGACGUGUGCAUUAAUCCAAACGCCUCGUGCAUCGUGAUGACCACCGAGGUGCUGAGGGGCAUGCUCUACCGCGGCAGCGACGUCGUGCGGGAGGUGAAGUGGAUCAUCUUCGACGAGGUGCACUACAUGAGGGACAGGGAGCGCGGGGUGGUGUGGGAGGAGAGCAUAAUCUUCGCCCCCGCCGGGUGCAAGUUCGUCUUCCUCUCCGCGACGCUACCAAACGCGCACGAGUUCGCCGAGUGGAUCACCCACCUGCACAACCACCCGUGCCACGUCGUCUACACCGACUACCGCCCCACGCCGCUGCAGCACUACGGGUUCCCCAAGGGGGGCAACGGCAUGGUCAUGAUCGUCAACGAGCGGAAAGAGUUUCUGGAGGCGAAUUACGCCGAGCUCGAGGCGAAGAUCGACGCGCUGACGCAAUCGGCGAAGAAGAGGAAGAGGGACGAACGGGUCAAGGCGGACGGCGGACGCGGGCGAGGCGGCGGCGGACGGGGCGGCGGCGGGAGAGGCGGAAGGUGGGGACGGGGCGGCGGAAGGGGCGGGGACAGCGGCGAGGACGCGAGCGAGGUGGACAUAAAGAAGAUCAUGAAGACCAUCCGAGCCAGGGACCUGUACCCGGUCAUCGUGUUCUCCUUCUCCAGGCGGGCGUGCGAGACCCACGCCAACGACCUGAUGACGGGCAAAACCCAGCUGGACUUCACCACGCAGGAGCAGAAGGAGCUCAUCAGGCAGAUAUACGACAACGCGCUGCUGUGCAUGGCGGAGGAGGACCGCGAGUUGGCGUGCGUCCAGAAGAUUUUCCCGAUGCUCGAGCGCGGGAUCGGCAUCCAUCACGGCGGGCUACUCCCCAUCAUCAAGGAGCUCGUCGAGAUUCUCUUCGGGGAAUCCUUAGUGAAGUGCCUGUUCGCCACGGAGACGUUCGCGAUGGGUCUGAACAUGCCCGCGCGAACGUGCGUGUUCACGGAGGUUGAAAAGUUUGACGGGAAGGAGAUGCGCGUGCUUCAGCCCGGCGAGUACACCCAGAUGGCGGGUCGAGCGGGGCGCAGGGGAAAAGACGACCGGGGCACGUGCAUCCUGAUGCUCGACAAGAAGUUGGACAAGGAAGAGCUCGUGCACAUGACGUGCGGGACCGGAUCGGCGCUCAUGUCGGAGUUCAAGCUCACGUAUUACAGCAUACUCAACCUGCUGCGAAGGGCCAGCGGCGAGGAGGAUGCCGAAUACGUCAUCCAGCGUUCGUUUCACCAGUUUCAGCACACGCGAGAGGUUCCGCGGAAGAAGCUGGAGCUGCAGGAGAUCACCGCGGAGGCGGAUGGGAUUCAACUGGACAUGUCCGACGCCAAGGCUGAGCUCGUGCGCCUGCAGAACGCCGCGAGGGACGCGAGAACCGCGCUCAUGCAUCACGCCGUCGAUCCAGAAAAAUUGACCCGAGACGUCUUGAAGCCCGGGCGACUGGUGCGCGUGCGCGACGGCGACGACGAGUGGGGAUGGGGCGCGGUCGUGGGCGUGCGCGAUCUUCCCGCGGAGGCGAUGCGCGUCCGUCGACGGGCCAUCGACGUCUUGAUCCACUGCGGCCCCGGUGUUGACUCGGGGGUGUUGAGGCCCGCUAAGCGCAUACUCGGUAGGCCGGGGAAGCUCGCCGAGAAGGGGUGCACGUGUGAGAUCAUACCCGUGGCGCUUCGGCUCGUGGACGCGGUGGGCGCGAUGGUGUUGACCCUCCCGAGGGACUUGACGGAUGCGACAUCGCGCGCGCAGGUUGGCUUGGCGAUUAACGAGCUGCAUCACAGGUUCCAGGGCAAGGCUGUCCCGGAGCUGGAUUUGGAAAACGACCUUCGCCUCGACGGCGACGAGUUUCACGAGUCCAUGGGGCGUUGGUUGCGGUCCGAGUCUGAGCUGAGGGCGCAUCCGUUGUACGCCGCCUCGACGAAGGAGGGCGGAUUAAACGAGAAACAGAUCGAGCUCUACCGCAAGAAGGCUUCGCUGAUGGAACGCGCGCAAGAUCUGAAGAAGGAGAUCAAGACCACGCAGCUCUCAAAGUUCAGGGAGGAGCUGAGGGACAGGUCCCGCGUGCUGACGCGCUUCGGUAUGCUCGACGAGGAAGGGACGGUGACUCACAAGGGCCGCGCGGCUUGCGAGAUUGACACCGCCGACGAGGUCCUCGUCACCGAGCUCAUGUUCAACGGGUGCUUCGUCGCCAUGGACCACCACGCGCUGGUGGCGCUUUGUUCGAUGUUCAUGCCCGUGGAGAAGACCAACGAGGUCUAUCCCCUCGCGGGAGCCGCGAAGGAGGCGUUGGAAGGACCGGUCAAGCAGCUGAGGGAGGCGGCCAAGGCCAUCGCGGAGGCGGAGAUAGACUUCGGCGUGAGGACGCAAGCCGCGGAGGGCGAGGACGGGCGGCACGAGGCGGUGACCGAGUACGUCGACUCCUUCAAGGAUGCCCUGGUGGGCAUGGUGUACGACUGGAGCAAGGGCACGAACUUCGACACGAUCAUGCGAGGCACCGACAUGUUCGAGGGGACGUUUGUUCGCGCCGCGCGGCGUCUCGACGAGCUCAUGAUGGAGCUGCACAGGGCGGCGAGGGCGGUGGGAAGCGCGGAGCUCGCGGACUCGUUCGAGAAGGGCGCGGAGAGUUUGAGGCACGGCGUGGUAUCGGCCGCGAGCCUCUACCUGUGA